AUGGAUGAAGAAUCAUCUUCUUCCGGAAGAUCCCUCAUCGACGCAAUGAACAUGGAAUCGCCAAUGUCUAACAUUGCUAGCGAUCUGUCGAAAUCAUCACUGGAUUCCGGCAGUGCAAAGAAGCGUCACCUUCCACGUUCAAAAGGUAUCUUUGGCACCUCUCAUCGCGUGAAUGAUCAGAAAAACGAAGGCUUUUCAUUUCCAGAGAGCAAGAUUUGUCAAGAUUCGAACAAUGUAUUAUUGAAUACAAUAAAUCCACGUGGAUGGCGAGAAUCCCUUGGAAAGAAUGAUUACAACAAAGAGAACUGUGGCGCUGCAAGUAAUUUAUUCAAUCGUACGCCUCGUAGGAUAUAUUAUAAGAAAGCACGACAACCUUUGCAAAUUCACGAGGAAAACAGUCAAGACAGCGAUCACCCGUUGAGCCCUAGCGAAAAGGAGAAUAAGCGGCGCGAAAUGUACGUCGAGAGCUGUGCAAGAUUGGGGAGUGUUGUACCUAUAGAUUAUUCAAUGUGUUCAUUUGCUUCCGCACCUUCUCCAAUACGUGGUCGUUACAAGACUACGAGCUCAAACCUCUUGCGUAGCUUGUCGUCAGGAUACGAGAGUAUGGAUGAUGGGAUCGUAAACGAACUUAACAACAUAGAGACCAUGGAUGAGGAAAUGCAGCUACCGAGCGGCAUUUCGAAGUUACUGUCCGGCGACAUAGUCGCAUCCGAAGCAUCAGCUGACUACGACGUUUCGACGACUCCUGAUUUCUCCAGGACUAAUCCAGGACUAAUGUCAUCUAAAGUCAAAAAGUGGUUGUCAGUACAAAGUGGUAUAUACAAACGGAACAUCAAGACGAUAUCACCGCCGCUGGUGAGAUCGCCAUCGCUAAUGAGAUCGCCAUCGCUAAUGAGAUCGCCAUCGCUAAUGGGAUCGCCAUCGCUAAUGAGAUCGCCGUUACUUGCGGGAACGCCGUCAAUGGUAGGAACGUCAUCGAUGAUGAGGACAUCACCGUUAGAAAAUAUAACAUCUCUAUCAAAAAUCCGCACUUGCUUAUUUCGCUCACCAACGGCAAGCUGCUCGAAAAGGACAAUGAUGAGAACGUACAGCUAUGACGAGGCCACAGCGCCUUAUUACAGAUUACAAAUGGAAAUCUCACCGCAUUCCGCUAGGUCUUACAAACGACCGUCGGAAGACCUGUUAGAAGACGAAGCGUCGAUAUUAAAAAGAUCGCGCAAGUCCAACAAUUUGCAUCUCGACACAACACCCGUGUCGGCGAGACGCUCGAGUACCUUGACGCACCCACGCUCUCUGCAGAGAAGUCUAUCAGAAAGGACAGGCUUGACCGAAACACACACAAACAUUAAAUGGGCGAUCCAUCGCAGCAUCACUGACACCGAUCUCAUUGGCGAUUUCAGUAAACCGUGUGUACUGCCGCUUACGAGCGGCGAGCAUGAGGAUCUAAAAUCAAUCACAUCUAAUACAUUGGCGGCGCUUAUACGUGGCGAGUUCGCCGAUCGCGUUGAUUCUUAUACGAUCAUCGAUUGCCGCUAUCCAUAUGAAUACGAGGCAGGCCACAUCGCGGGAGCAGUGAAUAUUUACAAUAGGGAUCUCAUCCAACAGACCAUGCUCGAUCAUCUGGUUGACACCAUUCCGAAGAUCAAGCUUGAUACUGAUAAACGCAACAUAAUCGUGUUCCAUUGCGAGUUCUCGUGGGAACGCGGGCCGAAUCUCUCGAGAUUUCUACGCAGACUGGAUCGUGCGUGUAACAAAGAAUACUAUCCGGCACUGUACUAUCCGGAGAUGUAUCUCUUACUGGGAGGAUACAAGAAAUUUUACAGCGAACAGAAAGAGUUUUGCUCGCCGCAGGAUUACAAACCGAUGAAACACCCCAAUCACGAGGAAGAAUGUCGAUAUUUCCGUAGCAAAUGCAAGAGCUGGCAGGCGGAGAAGACCAAAGGGAUCAACCAGGCAGUGCGAACAAAUCUCGAGCGUUUUGCCUUUUAAACGGAUAUUCCACUUUUUUUUAUCUAUAUUCAAUCUAAUUUUAAGGCUCAGUUUAUACUCCCGUCGUACUAGUCGCGAAUCGUUAGACGUUGAACGUCCUCAGAGACGGUCGGGAUAUCAAACACGCGCGCGCCAUGCGCGUCGCUAAAGUGCAAACAGCGUAAAGAGAUUAGUUUAUUAUUUUUUUUAAUUUCGGUUGCUCUUUGCGCUAUAUAAUAUGACUGACACGAGGAAUUUUUUUACAAGUGUCUCACACAUGAUGUAUAUAUAUAUAUAAAUGUCAUUCGAUCAUAUUUAGAUUCUAAUCGAUCUUAAUACUUAAGUAUAUAUAUGUAUGAUAAUUUAGUAGCUUAUUUGCGGGCGAGAUCGAUUAGAAUUUAUAUCUAGAUUACGUUAAUGACAAUUUAGGCUAUGGCGAUAUCGUUACUGCUUUUCAUACACAUCCCACCGUGAUCGAAAUUUGUACAUAAAAAUUAUAUUAUAUCGGGUAGAUUCAUGUACCUUGCGUCAUUUUGUAAUUAAGGACAUUUUGUAAUCAAACAAUGCAAUACAUCCGCGUGUCGACCCGAGGAAUAGCAGGGUAAUUAGAUGAGCAUAAUGUCGUGAACGCACGUUGCAAAUUUCUUUUUUCAUGUCAUAUAAUACCUCGGGUGGUAUCUAAUUAUAUAUAUAGGGCUAUGAUUGGGGCUUCAACGACUUAAUCACAUCGAUCUCUGUCUUUCUAUCGGUAUUGUUUUGCCGAGUUCUCCAAAACAAACGUUUACGGUCGACUCUGAAAAUUGCAUAAAGUGUUACCAAUUCGUUGUUGCAAUUUGAUGAUGAAAUGUAUUGUUAACCCUAAUUAUACACACUGUUUUUGUACUCUUGAUGUACACAUAUGGGUCCCUAGGACUCUAUCUAUAUUUCUUAUCGUAAUUUCUGUAAAAAUGAACAUAUUUAAAAAUUAAUUUUUCAAUUGAUUAAGGAACAAGUCCAUAAUAUGUAAAAGUCAAUCGAAUUAAGGAGCUUUGAAAUAUAUAAGUUUGAAGAAAAAGUAAAAUUUAUAAUAGAAACGCGAAAAAAUCUCGAUUCAGCAAAUUGCACUGGGGUUCCUGA